UAUUCUUAUUCUAUUCUCUCAUUUCCCUUAUUUCUUCCUAAUCUAUUUUUCUUUUUCUAUUUAAUUCAUCGAAUCAUUGAGUCUAAAGCAAAGCUUCCCAUCCAAAUCAAUCUCCCUUGCCCACUGAUCCAUCCAAUCCACAGGUUUUGGUUUCUGGUUUUGAGAUCGUCUAGAUUUCUGAUUUUUAUUGGUAUCUUUUUCUUCGUAAUCUCUGAGAAUCGCAAUGGCUGCUGCUACUACUGGGCUUAUCGGUCUUAAUGGAUCGUCUUGGAUUCAGUUCAAGGAGAGUGAUAAGAAGAGGUCUGCGGUGAACAGAGUUAGGGUUUGCCGAGCUUCUUAUUCGUCGUCUCCUUCCUCUUCUGUAAUGGAUCCGUACAAGACUCUCAGGAUCCAACCUGGUGCCUCCGAAUCUGAGGUCAGGAAGGCUUUCAGGCAACUCGCUUUGCAGUAUCAUCCAGAUGUGUGCAGAGGAAGCAAUUGUGGAGUACAAUUUUCCAGAAUCAACGAAGCUUACGAUAUUGUGAUGAGUAAUCUGAGAGAAGAAACAACAACGAGGGAUUUAUACGAGUCGUACGAUCAAGGAAUUGAUGAACCGAUGAGAGGAAUGAACGAUGAUUGGGACAUGUGGGAGGAAUGGAUGGGCUGGGAAGGAGCUGGAAUUAGAGACUACACUUCUCACAUUAAUCCUUACAUUUAAAAAAAAAAUACCUAAUUUGAAAAGAAAAAAAAACUGUGAAUUUGUAAAUGGGUCAUCUGGAUUGAUCGAGUAGUUAAAAUGGUGGGUCUAAUAUAUUUUAAAUAUUACUAUGUGAAUAUUAAUAUUAAUAAUAGUAAUAAUAAUAAUCCGAUUUAAAGGAUAUUAUUAUUGAAUGAUUAAAAUGAUUGUAAUCAAAAUUGUGUACAUAUAGUUGGUGCUGAGUUUAUGCGCUCGGCCCUGAUAAUUGAAAAAGUACACCAAUUUCAUUCUC